AAGUGUGCAAAAAAAAAUAUUACAAAUAAAAGCAAUAUCCUUUAGAAAAGAGGUUGAAAAAAACGAGUGCGUGCUAGUGUGUGUGAGAGUUGCAAAAAAAAAAAAAAAAAACUCAAUCUGCAAUAAUCAACAGCUAACAGAUCUUAAUGCAUGUUACCCAAAAUAGUCUCCUCUAACGUCUAACGGGGCUUUGAACAUGAACAAAAAUGCCGGCGAUGGCAGCGGCAACGACGGCAAAAACUCCAACAGUCACGGCGGGAAGGGCGGCGGCUCGAACGCGGGCGGGGGCGCUGGAGCCGGUGGCCCCCACGAUCCCACCGGCCUCCUAGAUGCAGCCUCCCUCUUCGCUUAUUGGGGCCGUGAUCCUACAGGAGCAGCUGCUGCUGCUGCCACAAAUCCGCUCUUCAACUCACAGUUCAAUGCCGCCGCAGCCGCCGGCUUGGGCCUGCUCCCAAAUGCAGCUGGCGCAGCUGCCAAUGAUCGGUAUUCCAUGGCCGCAGCAGCAGCGGCGGCAGCGGGAGCGCAUCAUCACCAGAACACAAUGGCGGUGGCCGCCUCCCAGGCCGCCAGUCUGGCAGGUCUGCAUCCAGCAAGCUGGUGGUCGAUGGCCCAACUAGCCGCCCAGGACUACUUCAGUCGCCUGCAGGCCUCCGGACUCUCGCCCUUCCCCCAUCCCGAUCUGGCGGCCGCCUUCGGGCCGGCUGGCAUGGGCAUGGGAGCGGGAGCGGGCGGAGCAGGCGGUGGAGCCGGUGGCGGAGUACUCGGUGCUGGAGCAGGUGGCGGUGGAGGCGGAAGUGGUAAUGGUGGAGGUGGCUCCUCGUCCGGAUCCUCCGGAAGCAAGUCGAACAAGUCGCGGAAGGAGAAGCGGGCCGCCCAACAACAGCAGCAACAGCAACAGAGCCUGGCCAACAGCCUGAACGCGGCUGCGGCGGCGGCGGCAGCUGCUGCGGCCAACAAUCCGGCCGCGGCACUGGCCAGCAUGCACGGCUUUGGAGUGGGAGUGCCGGGCACCAGUCUACCGCAGUCGGUGAGCACCGGCAGCGGAUCGAUCUCCACCAAUAGCGGAGGUCAUGGAGGCUACAAGAACACGGCCAGUGCUUAUGGGAAGCCAUCCACAAUGACGAGCAGCAGCAUUUCCAGCAAUCCCGGUUCUGCCUACGAUCCGGUGACCCUCCACAAGGAGCUCCUGGCCAUGCAGGCGGUGGCCGCCGCGGCCUCUGGCUCCGGUUCGGGCGGAUCCUCCGGGAAGAAGUCGGGCGGAGGUGGAUCCUCCUCCUCCUCGAUGCAUGGCCACGGCAUGGGACUGGGCAGUGGCUCUGGGCUGAUGUCUGGCGGGAAGAACUCCACCAGUGUGAGCGCCAGCAAUGCGUCGCUGGCGGGAAUGCAUCCCAGUUUGGGGAGCAGCAAUCCACUGAUGUCACCGCACUCGGCGCUGGGCAGCUCUUCGGGUGGGUCGUCCGGAAAAGAUCGGGAGAAGAACAAUCCCUCGCUGAAUGCUCUCAACUCACUGACCCAGUUCGGGGCACUCGGAAUGACGCCCCAACAGAGCAUGCAGGCGGCGAUGAACGCCUUUGCGGCCAGCACUGGAGUAUCGCCCUCGGCCACGGUCACCUCCUCGCCCCAUUCCUCGGGUCAACAGCAUCCGGGGGGCAGUAACUCGACGGCAGGAUCAGGAGGAAAGAAUAACAAGGAUUAUAUGAUGGGGACUGGCAGUGAACAUCCAUCCCUGCUUGGAGUUCGCCUUCCGCCGGACACGGAGAUCAUCAAGUACACGUCCUCGAUCGUGGGUCCCAAGAUACCUGGUACUACCUCGCGCGGUCGCAAAAAGACCAUAUCUGAAACAGAACAACAAACAACGACACAACAACAACAACAACAGAAAUCACAACAACAACAACAACACCAAGCAGAACAACACCUACUCCAACAACAAGCACAAAAAGAGCUCGAUAGCACCACAAAUGCCAUUUCCUCUCUGCUUGCAUUUCCAGGUCUGAGUCCCGCGAAACGGGCUAGACUCGAAAUGGAGUAUGCGGCGAUGGCGGCUGCCGCCCAACAACAACAGCAACAACACCAGCAACAGCAACAGCAGCUUCACGGGAUGCUGGGAGCAGCUGGUAUUCCAGCCAGUAUGGCUGGACUGGCCGGAUUGCCAGGAGUUGGUGGAGGAGGAGCAGGAUCAGGAGGAGGGUCCAAUCCCCUCGAUCAGUUGAGUGUCAGCAAGUCCAGUUCCUCCACUGCAGUUACCACCAGUUCGAGCUCCUCCUCCUCGGGCAGCAACCUGCUCAACCAGAGCUCCAGCGACCGGGUGGAGGUCAUCAAGCUGCCACCCACCAUCACCUCCAACGGGGCCUACAAUCUCUCCAGCAAGGGCAAGGAGGUACACGACCUGACCACCGAUCAUCCCCCCGCUUCCGGUGGUGGCGUUAAUCUCAGCCUGAAGGCCAAUGCCAACACCUUGCCGCCCACCGGAGCAGUCGGCUCCGCCUCCAAUCCCAUCACCAUUGAUGACUUUGAUGCCCCUCUCAACCUGUCGAUGAAACCCUCGGACAAGAGCAGCACUCCGGCUGCUUCGGGCGGAGGAUCUGGCUCCUCCUCCUCCAGUGCGGCACUGGCCAGCCUGGCCAGCGACUAUCAGGCGGCAGCCGGAGCCCAAGGAAACAGUCUGCAGAGCUUGAGCUCCAUCACGGCCGCCCUGGGAGGUGCCGGUGGCAUGCCGGGUGGCUCCAUUUCCGGCAGCGGUGGAACCUCGCCCUCCCCAGCCUCGGCAGGCGCAGGGGCUGGGGCUUCUGGAGGAUCAGGUUCUGGCUCGGGCGGAGGUUCGUCCUCCUACAAGGAGGGACGGCCCAGGAAUCUGGGACGCGGUGUGUCCAAGCCGAAGAAGAACACCGUGGCCUCCCUGUUGGCCCAAUCCCGAGCCGUGGGUCUGAAGCCCAUGCUGGCCACCCAGCAGUUGCUCCAACAGGGUGCCGAUAUUGAAAAAAUUCGCCUGGCCUUGAGCGAAGCCAAUGCCCACAUGGAGACCUCAACGGAUUCGGAGAGCGUGGCUGCCGAGAGUGGCCUGUCGGAGUCGGAGAGCGAGGAUGCCAAUAUUCUGAAUGUGGCAGAGCUGAGGGUGCCCCUGGAGCUGGGCUGGAAGCGCGAAACUGUCAUCCGGGGCCUCACCAAGCAGGGUCAGAUCCGGGGCGAGGUCACCUACUACGCUCCUGGCGGCACGGCGGCCCUGAAGAGCAUCGGCCAGGUUUUUGCUAUCCUGGAACAGCAGCCAUCGAAUCUGAGUCGCGAGAACUUUAGCUUCUCGGCCAGGGCCAUUGUGGGAUCGUUCCUGCAACCAGCACCGCCGCCAUACGCCAACGAUGGCGAGUACAUUCGGAUGACGGACGAGGAUGUGGCCAAGCGGCUGGAGGACCUGAAGGUCUUCACGCGCCAGACCCUGAAUGUGGAGCAACGGAUCGAGAUCGCCAAGCAGCAGCAGGCCAUGCGGGAUGCCAAGAAGUUGCAGAAGGAGGAGCUGGCCAAGAAUAAGGAGAAGGCCCGACAGGAGAAGAAUGCCAAGAUGGAGCAGCAGCGCAAGGAGAAGGAGCUGAAGAAUCAGCAGGCCAUUGAGGAGCGGAAGAAGCGACAGGAGGAACUGGACCGUCUCAAGCAGGAGGAGCUGCUCAAGAAGCAACAGGAGAAAGAGAAGCGUCGUCAAGAGGCCAUAUUAGCUAAGGAACAGGAAUUACAAAAACAAAAGGAAAUGCUACUGGCCGCCGAAAUGGAACGCGAACGUCGCCGCCAGCACAUGAACCUCAUCCGCAUGCUGGAGAUCCGGCGGAAGUUCGAGGAGCGCGAAAAGAAGAAACACCAACUGGUGCUGGACCGGCUUUUGUUGCGGGAGCGGCGCAUGGCGGAGAGGAAGCGCGAUGCCGAGAUCCUGCAGCUGAUCCGCCGGCCCAACGAAGACUCGGAGCUGCCGCAGGAGUUGGCCAUACCGGAGCUGGACAGGAUCGCUGGCAAUCGAUUGCCCGGCCAGGCAAUGGCCGAUCUUCUGAUGGUCUUCGAAUUCCUGCACAACUUUGGCGAAACCCUGGGCUUCGACAUGGAGUCCCUGCCCUCGCUCCAGAACCUACACGACGCUCUGAUGAGCGACAGCAAUGUGGAUGCCGAGGAGGAGCUGUUGUCGGUGAUGACCCAUCUCCUGGUGUGCGCCAUUGAGGAUCCGGGCGUUCCCAAUCCGGGCAGGCAUACCACUCUGCUGGGACAAUCGCUGCGGAACGCAGACAUCACCAAUUCGAAUGUGUCGGAGAUCCUGAGGAUCUAUCUGUAUGCCACCGCCACUGGGGAGGUGCGCCAGAUGCACGGCAUCACCGUGGACCGGGAGCGAGAGCGCAGGGUGCCGGAUCACCAUCAGUUGGACGCCGAUGCCGCCACCCACUCGCACUCGGCCAAGAACCAGGAGUACUAUAAGCUCCUACACGAGAACGACACCUGGAAGCUAUCGCAGUAUCUGAAGGAUCGCCCCUUCGUGGCGCUGAAUCCCACGCGGAAGGCCCAGAUGCUGGCCCAUCUCUGCAACGACUUGCUGAUGAACAAGGCGGUGCUCCGGCAGAUCGACGGCAGCCUGGAGACCUGCGCCCAGAUGCGCAAGGAGAAGUACAUGACGGACAUGAAGGUGCGCAAGUACAAGGCCCUCCAUCUGCGCAAGGCCCGCAUCGAGGCCUACGAGCGGGCGCAGGCGGAGCGGGAGGCGGCCAUGCAGGCGCUGGUGGCGCAACAGAAGCUGGACGCCGAGCGCCAGAAGCAGGCCGAGGAGGAGGCCAAGGCAGCGGCAGCCGAGGGAGCAGCUGCCGCCACAACAGAUGGCGAGUCGGCCACCAAGAAUGCCUCACCGAAUGGCGAGAAAACGGAUGGGGAGGAACAGGAGGAGCAGCAUGGCGCCACCAAGGACUCGCAGCCACAGCAGCCCAUGGAGGUGGACGGCGUGGCGGAUGAGGAGUCGCUGGUGAGCCCCUCCAAGACCAUCUCCCAGGUGGACAACAGCCUGACGCCCAUUAAGCAGGACACUGCCACGCCCACCUAUCAGCACAACGGCUCCAGUACUCCCACCACCAGCGGCGGCGGUGGCGGUGGCGGUGGCGGUGGCGGAGCAGCUUCUGGGGACAUGAACGCCCUGCUGCAGGCCAAGAAGAGCGGGGCACGGAACUCCAUCAACGACGAACAGCAUCCGCACGACGUCAGCAUCAUCGACGAUGACCUCUCCGACCUCGAUUCGGAGAUCACGAACGUCGAGGAGGACGAGGACAAUCGGCUGAGUGCCGACGAGCUGCAGAAGAAGCUGGACAAGAUCGUCCGGGCCUCGCUCAACUGCAAGGAGGCGCUGGAAAAGAGCACCAAUCAGCUGAGGGCGGCCUGCUUCGGGCAGGAUCGCUUCUGGCGGCGCUACUGGAAGCUGCCCAAGGCCGGGGGCAUCUUCAUCGAGGCCCUGGAGUCGGCCCAGAACGAUAUCUGCGAGUACCACGAAGCUCUGGAGGGCAUGGACGAGAAGAAGGAGGAGUCCAAGGAGAACGACAACUCGGAGAACUCCGAAACGGAGGCCAAGGACGAUGAUGCCAUGGAGGUGGACUCUUCCCGGUCGGAGCUGGAGGAUGGACCGCCGGCCCAGGUGCCAGAGUCAUCCGCUGAGCCGAACCGGCAGCAGGAGCCGCAGGAGGAGGAGGACGAUGACGAUGACGUCACCGAGAUCAAUAAAGUGGAGCCCGAGAUUGUGGAUCUGGGCGAUGACGACGAUGAUGCACCACCUCCACCACCGCCACCGCCUCCUCCCGUCAAGCCCGAUCCCCCUCGCCCCGAGAUCAAGGUCAAGUCGGAGAUGGAACUGAUGGGCCCCCCGCCCACCACCAUGAUCUCCACCAAGACGGACUUUGAGGCCGAGAUCAAGAUCCCAGCUAUGCCCGGCAUCCUUAUGCCCCCCAUCCUCAACAACAACAACAACAAUAACAGCAGCAGCAACAACAACAACAACGGAAGCGACAACUGUGAUAAGUCGGACACGGGUCUGAUCCAACAGCAGAACUUUGGCCAGCCGGUCAUCAAGAUGGAGGACCUGAAGAAGGAGGACGACUGCAUCAUAGUGUCCACAACGAGUAUGGAUGAUACGCCCAAGUGGUUCUCGAUUGUUCGUCGGGAAGUGCCGCUGGUCAGUGAGCUGCCGGCGGAGGAGGGCGGCGUGGUGGCCCAGGAACUCCAAUACAACUAUGCCAAUCACAACUGCUCCGCUCAGCUGCAGCUGCAGGGCCAUCCCUGGGAUCUGAUCAACAAUAUGCAGUACUACUCGAUACCGAUGGACGAGUGCAAGGUGGAUACCAGCAAGCUGGGCCACGAGUGCAUCUUCUCGCUGAGCGGUCUCGACGAGAAACAGAUGCUGGCUAAGGUGGCCGAGUUCAAGGCCCACAAGCCGGAGUCAAAAAACGGUCUGGGCUCUCCUCAUCGCCACCACGAGACUGAAGAUGAUGAUGAGGAGCAGGCCAAGCUGAAAGUGGACAAAAUGGAGUGUGAUGCGGUUGGCGUGGAUGCGGAUGCGGAUGCUAAUGCCAAUGAUCUAGCCGGCAAGGAUAAGUUUUUUCGCUUGCGCUCUGACGCCCCACCGGACACGGGAGGGAGUGCCUCCAACAACGGCGUAGGUGUUGGAGUGGAUGCCGGCGAACUGAAGCCCAAGAUUGAACUGCGCCUGGACGAGGCACUGUCGCAGGCCUACUACCACAACAUCGCCAACAUGUCGCUGAGCAGUGUCCAGACGUACAUACCCAUUGACAUUCCACUGCCCCUCUCCAUGACCCCCGACGAGCAUCGCCUCCUGGAGCAGGUGAAGGUCUCCGGCUUCCCCAAGCGUGUCCACGGUGUUUAUGUGCCGCGCAAGCAGCGCUAUGGCUGGUGGCAGCUGGACGACGAACAGAAGCUCCGCCAGCUCCUCAAAAAUCUGAAUCCCUCGGGUCUGAGGGAGCGAGAGCUGCAGGAGAAUCUGCAGCGAUUCCUGGGCCUGGAGCAGCCUCUGGGCAUCAAUUAUCAGCUGAAGCCGGAUCCAGAGCAUGACGUGGAGUAUCUGAUGCCGGAUAAGCCCAACGAUUGGAAUCCAAAGGUGGCCAAGAGGGUGGAGUUGGCGCUGCUGGAGCAGCUGGAGUCGCUGGAGGACAAGGUGGCCAGUGCCUCCAUGCAGCUGAAGAACUGGCAGCUGCCCAAUCGCGUCGAGAGCGAGCUGACCCUGGACUCGCAGGAGGAGAUCACCGAGGAGGACUUUGUCAGCAUGAUACCCAUGAUCCGGGAGCGGAUCAUCGACCUGGAGGCGAACAUCGAGCGACGGUACUUGAAGCCGCCACUGGGCUCCCAGACGGGCGAUGCCCACCUGGCGGUGAUUGCCCAGAACCAGCACACCACCACCCAGACCCAGAACUCGGCCUCCGCCGCCGCCUAUCUCCUCCAGAUGCAGCAGCAGCAACAGGCCCAGUUGCAACAGCAGCAACAGGGUGCCGGCAAUGGCAACAAUCUGAAUGCCUCGUCCUUCAACGAGCGCACCAUGGCCUUGGCGGCGGCGGCUGCCGCCUCGGGUGUCGGCGGUGGCGCCACACCCGGGGAAUCGGGCAGCGGGGAUCCGAACUCUGGAAACGCUUCGCCGGCGAGCAACUGCGACAGCGACCGGGACGAGAAGGUGGAGAACAUUCCGAAGGGACUGGUCCAGUGGCGCGAUGCUGUGUCGCGGUCCCAUACCACUGCCCAGCUGGCAAUGGCCCUGUACGUCCUGGAGUCCUGCGUGGCCUGGGACAAGAGCAUCAUGAAAGCGUAUGCAACAAAAAACAAGUCGAGCAAGAAGAAGAGCAGCGCCAAAAAGCAGGCAACACCAUCGAAAAAGAACCAAAAGGAUCACCAGCCAGUGAUGGCCACCAACGGCAAGAAGAAGAAGGAUGCAACACCAAAGAAGAAAUCGGAAAAGAGCAAGCCUCCAUUGAGCAUCAAAAUCAAUCUUAAAGCUUUGGCCCAAAACGGACACGGGCAGUCCCAAUCCCAAUCCCAUUUCCAAUUCCAAUCCCAGACCUCAUCCCCAUCCCCUGCCAGCGACUCAGACUCGGACUUUGCGACACGAACGAAGAAGAGCGGCGGCGGUGGCGGCGGCAAACGCAGACGCUCGCAGGCCACGAAAACAAACUCUAGCAAAUAUUCGAAUUCCUUACAGAAUUGCCAGUUCUGCACAUCGGGGGAGAACGAGGACAAGCUGCUCCUGUGCGACGGCUGCGACAAGGGCUAUCACACCUACUGCUUUAAGCCCAAGAUGGACAACAUUCCGGAUGGCGAUUGGUACUGUUAUGAGUGCGUGAACAAGGCCACCAAUGAGAGGAAGUGCAUCGUGUGCGGCGGCCAUCGACCCUCUCCCGUCGGCAAGAUGAUCUACUGCGAUCUGUGCCCGCGCGCCUACCACGCCGACUGCUACAUUCCGCCCCUGUUGAAGGUGCCGCGCGGGAAGUGGUACUGCCACGGUUGCAUCUCACGUGCCCCACCGCCCAAGAAGCGUAGCGGUGGCGGGAGUGGCAGUAGCAGCAGCAAAUCUCGCCGGGAUCGGGACAGAGAUAGGGAUUCGAGUAAGCGUAGGAGCGACAACAAGCCGCAGCCCAUGGAACAGAUGCAGAUGCAGCAGAUCCAACAGAUGGCUGGCGGCGGAGACGCCCAGUUGCAGCAACAUCAUCACCAGCAGUUGAACUCCUCGCAUGACGAGUCGAUGAACUCGAUACCGGCGGCUCUGAGUCCGGCGCACUCGGUGGCCUCGGCAAACGCAUCGUUCGAUGACCAGCAUCACACCAACACCAACUCGGUCGACGGCAGCAGCCGCUUCCAGGCGAUGCCCAUCCAACUGGGCACCAAUCCCACCCAACCCACCACCACUUCCAACAACGGGUCAGCGGCCCUGCUUGAGGAAGCCAGUGUCGCUAGUGCCGCCAGCAGCAUAAUGCCCAGCUAUCCGGUUUAUCCGCCGGUUGGCGGCAACUUCACGGCCGGAUUGGUUAAUCCCACGGCCAUGCAGUUUGUGGCCUCCAUGUCGCCGCGCGCCGUAACACCGACGCGCACCCGUACACCCACGCCAACGCCUGCCCCGGCGCCCACUCCUCCGCCACUGCCACUCGGGUCCCUGCAGCCGCCGACGCCCCUCCUCAUGCAGGCCUCACCCACCACCGCCCUCCACUUAACCGCCUGCCAGUCGCCACCUCAGCAGCAGCCGCAGCAUCAGCCCAUGAUGACCAUGCCCUCGCCACCAGCGUUGGGAGCAGCCGGUACUGGCGUAACACAAAUGUCACCGCCGCCCAUCAACAUCCAUGCCAUUCAGGAGGCCAAGGAGAAGCUGAAGCAGGAGAAGAAGGAGAAGCAUGCCACCAAGAAGCUCAUCAAGGAGCUAGCCGUCUGCAAGACGCUUCUGGGGGAAAUGGAGCUCCAUGAGGACUCGUGGCCAUUCCUGUUGCCAGUGAACACCAAGCAGUUUCCCACAUAUCGAAAAAUAAUUAAAUCACCCAUGGACUUGUCCACAAUCAAGAAGAAACUGCAAGAUUUGAGCUACAAAUCACGGGAGGACUUCUGCGUGGAUGUACGACAGAUCUUUGACAACUGCGAGAUGUUCAACGAGGAUGACUCGCCUGUGGGCAAGGCGGGCCAUGGCAUGCGCAAGUUCUUCGAGUCGCGCUGGACGGAACUGACCGACAAGCACUCCUGAUCCGCCACCACCGGCACCGCCACCCAUCCCAUUGAGAUGGUCACCCUGAUUGCCGGCUCACCGGAAGUGGAGCACGAGAGCGUGGAGACGACAGCAGCAGCACAAUUUUGGUCAAGAGAUUAGAGAAUAGGUUAAGCAGAGCUUGUAAAUAAAUAGGGGCUAGAGAUGGUUAGUUAGUAGACUACUAGAAGCGCAGACACACUUUACAAGUAUAUAUUUAUAUAUGAUAGAUAUAUAAACCCAAACACCCACACACACACACACACACGAGAGUAUUCAACGUCCUUAAGGGAAGGAGCUAGCUUCGAUUCGAAAUGUAAUCAGCAGCAGCCAAGGCGAACAAGAAAGCCAGAAAGCAAAAAUUGUAUUUAGUUUUUUAAGCAUCCGAGGGCGGCAGUAUAACAACAAUAACUAUUAGCCAACAUAAUCUACAGCUAGUAACCGUAUCGCAUAAGAAGCCAUCUACAGUAGGCACUUGAACGAGUUCUAAGCAAAUAAAUAAAAAAUUAAAAAAAAAAUAUUUAAAAAAAACGUACAAAAACUGUCCCCCCAAAAACCCCAAAAUUUCCGAUCCGCGCAAGCAGAUCCGAUCCAUCGUUUGAACAGUAUUUUGUGCACAAGGCAAGCAUCGCUUUGUUUUCUACAAUUCUAAAACCUAAUUCUAAACUAUAAUUUUAAUGAUUAUUUUUAACUGGCAUCAACGAAGCGCUCAUUUAAGUUUUAAAGUGUAUUUUGUACUUAUAGCAACUCUGAAAUUGUAUUUAAAAACGUAUAUUAAAGUAGUGCUAACCGAUUGCCAAGGCAAAUUCGCAAAACAAUUAUACUCAUGAGGAUGCAAGGACGAUGAUUUGUAAAUGUAAAUGAAAUGAGAAUUAAAAUUAAAUGUAUUAAAUUAUUAAUUCUGUGUAAAUUUUCCACACUUGUGUAGUUGGUAUUUUCAAUCGUACAUUUUUUCUCGGCAAAUCGCAAUCCAAAUACAACUCUAAAUCAAAUCUAAAUUAAAUAUAUAUAUAACAAAAAAAACAAAAUAUAUAUAUAUAUAUAUCCUUAAAAAAAAAAAGUAAUGAAGGUGGACAUAUCCUAGCGGGAUCUAAGCGCAAAUCCAGAACCGAUCGACGGGCAGUAUUAGAGACAUUUCUGACAUUUUUAGCUCUGUAUAUAAGGAAAUAGCUCGAAGAAAAAUGGCAAUUAAAUCCAAUAAGAUGGAUAUAGAUAACAAUAUACACCAGAUUACACAAAGUUAGCAAAGCAAUGAUAUUUACAUGAACUACAUUUUUGAAUAAAUCGAUACUCAUUUGCAGUGCAGCACAAUAAUAUUGAGGGGGAAAGUGUAGUUGGGGAAUGAUUUUUAUUCGCAAACAGGACGAUAAUAAUUUAAAAACAAAAAACAGAAAAAAAAAACCGAUAUCUUAACAGUGACCAGAACUACCUACC